AUGUCAUCCAAUACACUAAACUCUGAACCAGCUGCUGCUGCUCUUGACAACUAUGUUGGAUUUGAUACUAUUACCCAACAAAUUGAAAAGAAACUUCUCAAAAGAGGGUUCCAUUUCAAUGUCAUGGUUGUUGGUCAAUCUGGACUGGGCAAGUCCACCCUUGUUAAUACAAUCUUUGCAUCCCAUCUGAUUGAAAGCAAGGCUCGUUUGGCUGCAGACGAACCCCCUAGACAGACAACAGAAAUCCAGACAGUAUCCCACCUGAUCGAGGAACACGGAGUCCGUCUGAGACUAAACAUCGUCGACACCCCUGGCUAUGGAGACCAAGUGAACAAUGAGAACUGCUGGGAGCCAAUUAUCAAGUACAUCAAGGACCAACACUCUGCCUACCUUCGAAAGGAACUCACUGCUACCCGUGAUCGCUAUAUUCAAGACAGUAGAGUACACUGCUGCCUAUUCUUUAUCGGUCCUACCGGCCAUGCUCUCAAGCCAAUCGAUAUUGUCGUCCUGAAAAAGUUGUCAGAAGUAGUUAAUGUGGUACCUGUAAUUGCCAAGUCAGACUCCUUGACUUUGGAAGAACGUCAAGCUUUUAAGCAAAGAAUCAAGGCUGAAUUAGUAUUCCACAACAUCAAGCUGUAUCCUUAUGAGAGUGAUGAGGAUGAUGAGCAGGAACAGGCCUUGAAUGAAAGUAUUCGCGAAUUACUCCCCUUUGCAAUUGUUGGAUCCGAGAGAAAUGUGAUUAUUGAUGGAAAGGCAGUUCGAGGACGAAAGAACCGAUAUGGUGUGAUCAAUGUCGAAAGUGAAGAGCACUGCGAGUUUAUCUACCUCCGUAAUUUCUUGACUCGCACCCACUUGCAAGACUUGAUUGAAACUACUGCUCAGAUUCAUUACGAGGCUUUCCGUGCCAAGCAAUUGCUGGCCAUUAGAGAGUCAACCCAUCCUGCUAGUGCUCAGCCCUCGGUUGCUUCUCCUACAGCUACUAUGCUCAGUAGCCCUAUGGCUCCUACAGUGAUGAGCCCUAGCACUAUUGGAAGCCCAGCUACAAUGGGUAGUCCUGCACAGUCUCAAAAGUAUGUAUUAUGA